AUGUUUUAUAUUUAUACACGUUUUCUUCACUUUCACAUGCAAAGCAGAUACAGCGACAUGUCAAGGUUUCGAUCAUUGUUGCAAGCCUCUGUAAAUGCAACAAAGAAGGGUAUAUUCACUUGCUACUUUUAUGAUGGCUCGUACUCUAUUAAUUUCCUGUUCGGAGUGCUAUUUUGUGACAUAUCUUCACCACUCUUCUAUCUGCUAGCUCUUACGUGGAACGUUGAAGAAUGGGUACCACCUGCAGAGAAGACUAUAUUUAAGUUCAAUUCGAAAGAAGACUUGAAGAAAUGGCAUCUCUAUUCUGAUUCUGAAUAUGGAGGUUUAUCUUCGGCUUCCUUGGAGAUCCCAGAUGGAGGAAAUGGUUCUGGUGGCACUGGAAUAUUCUCGGGGAACCUUUCCGUAGACAUUAGUGAGGGAUCAAAGUGGAAGAUGAGUCGGAGUGGCUUCUGUGGAAUGCGCUCAAAGAAGUUUGAUGGCUUCAUUGAUCUCGACGGGUAUGAUGCAAUAGCCCUGAGACUCAGAGGAGAUGGAAGGUGUUAUAUCUCCACCAUCUAUACCGAAAACUGGGUGAACUCACCGGGACAAGCAGAAGAUAACUCGUGGCAAGCUUUUGUUUUUGCUCCGAAGGACAGUUGGUACACCGCUAAGGCAAGUCUUACCUCUAUAGAUAUCCCUCUAGCUCGAUACUUGCCGACAUGGAAAGGAAAUGUAAUCGAUGUGGAGAUGGAGAUGAAUCAAGGGCGUGUUCUAGGUAUGUCACUAUCGGUAAACGCAGAAGGUGGUGCGGUUGGAGCUAAAUCAGGAGCAGGUGAUUUCCGAGUUGAAAUUGACUCUAUCAAAGCCUUGAGAUCGCCAUGA